AGAAUAAGGAUGGCCGGAAUUUUGGGCAGGAAAGUUCAACAAAAGUUGGCAGAAGCAAUGUCAAAACGAAGUCAUUUAAAGGAUGAAGUAGACACUUUGUUAGACAUGUAUGGAGCUAUAACAGUUGGGGGUACCAGACUGGACAGAAACAAAUUCAGGGAUGUUCUUCAUAACACCUUCGAUAUGACGGACGACAUUCUAAUGGACCGAGUUUUCAGAGCGUUUGAUAAAGACAUGGACAGUAAUCUAAGUCAAGAAGAGUGGGUUCUAGGACUUUCUGUCUUUCUGAGAGGAACCCUAGAGGAGAGGGUAGCAUACUGUUUCAAUGUGUACGACAUGAACAACGAUGGUUAUAUCUCAAGAGAAGAAAUGUUCCAGAUGCUUAAAAACUCCAUGGUUAAGCAAACAACCGAGGAAGAUCCAGAUGAGGGAAUCAAAGAUAUUGUGGAACUUGUCCUCAAGAAAAUGGAUCACGAUCACGACAACCGAUUGUCAAUGGACGACUUCAUGAAAAGUGUAAAAGAAGAAGAUCUUCUAUUGGAAGCAUUCGGUCCAUGUCUCCCAGACACAAAGUACCGAGAAAAGUUCCUGGCAGAUUUGGAAUCAGGAAAUGUUUGUCUUGAUAUCUCGCAAGCUAAAAGUUGAAGUUGUGGACUAGUAGAAACGAAACAAUUUUGGGAACAACUAAAAAUCUGAUCAAACAAUAAUUGUGAUCAUGCCCAUUUUAUUAUUCAU